CCGUGGGUCUGGCGGCCCGACUGCUGCUCAGCACCCAGAGCACCGCCGGGGCUCCCUGUGAAACCUGCAGAGAGAUAAACCAACCGCGCUGGCUUUCCUUCACUUCCAGAGAACCACAAACCGCACUCUUUUAGCAAUAUAUUCUUGGUAGCAUUUGUUCUGUUGGAUUAAAUUACUAAUUAUUCUAUAAGCACUGAACUUUAAGGCUUUUCCCAAUAGGAAAACAGAAAAGAUGUUGGAUAUUAAGGCUUGGGCUGAGUACAUCGUGGAGUGGGCCGCCAAGGACCCCUACGGCUUUCUCACGACCGUGAUCUUGGCUCUCACGCCCCUGUUUGUAAUUAGUGCGGCACUGUCAUGGAAGCUUGCAAAAAUGAUUGAGGCCCGGGAACGAGAGCAAAAGAAGAAACAGAAACGCCAGGAGAACAUUGCAAAAGCCAAACGAACAAAGAAGGAUUAAAUGGCCAAAAAUGGCCUUCCUUGUGCAAAGAAUCCACUUUUAAAAUGAAAUACUUGUAGAUUUUGUGUUGUAACUGUCCUUUGAUACUUGAUCCUAUUAUUUCUUGAAGUAUGAAAUUUAAUACUUCCAGUGUAUUUCUUUUCCUGCUGAUUUGUGUUAAAAUUUGCCCCAGUGACACUUGUUAGGGUAAUUAAAUUUACUACUUGUAUUCUAGUGCAGAUUGCUUUUCUAAAUUUGCGUGUUAAAUUAAAAAAUUAACCUCUUGGGUGGCUCUAGAGGUAGACUAUUUUUUUUCUCUUAGCUGAUCUGUGACUUAACAAGUGUCUUAAAAUUGUCAAGUUUAGAGGAAAAUGUGAAUAAUAAACUGGAUUACAGAAAUGCAAGUUUUGAUUUACCUUGAGCAGGGCUGUAGAGACAAGCUAGGUGUAGCAUUAGAUAGCAGACAUGACUAAUUUCCUUUAAGGUCACUGCAUGUAGCUGCUGCAGUGUCUUUGAUGGUGGUACUUGUCUGCAGAAAUAAUCUACCUUAUCUUUUCCUGUUUCCUGAACUAGGGGCCAUGAACAGCCUUCAACUUCAACCCAGGUUCUAGGAAACUGAUUGCAUGUUUUUAUUAUUUUCAUUUCUUUUAAGGCCCUCAUGUUCUAUAAAAUACAGUACUGUUGUUUGGUCUUCCUUAACAAUCACCUGAAUGCUCCACCUGUAACUGAUUUGUUUUUGCCUUCAUAAACUCUUUAUGCCUCAAAGAAUAGCCAUAAAUGGGGUGAGACCAAAGACUCAGGUAGCCUAGUACUCUGAGUCCCAGAGACCUAUAGCAGAUGGCUGUGCAAGGAUGAUGCACAAGCUGGUGACAGUAGUUCUGCUUGCUAACCUGCUGGCUACCUUUGAUCUGAGACUUGAGUUUAGGUAGGACUUCUGUUCUCAUGGCCCUUGAAACUUAGCUGCCUUACAGGUUGCAAGAUUCUGACAUAGUCAAAAAAAUUCAGGUGUGUGUUGUAAAUACAUCAAAAUUAUUUAAUCUUUUUUCCUGCUAAUCUCUUCUUAACAGAAUUGAUUAAUUUUUCAAAGCCUAAUUUUUAAUAAUGGUCUGUGGUGGCAUCUAUGUAGUCUAAUUCAAAAGAGCUUGUAGCAGUCAUUAGGAUUUUACAUUUUUGCAUAUUUCUAAACAGCAGCACGGAGCUGUGCAUUCUAACAGCUGCUCUUUGAUCAGGUUUAAAAAUGAAACCUUAAAAUAAUACCAUUGUUCAAAUGAGACCUAUAGAGCUGACACCAAGGGGGAUCAGAAGUGGGGAGUCUAACUGAAAUUACUUUAAGUAAAUGUGCAGUUGAUCCCCUUUCAAUUUUGUUGGUGAAAGCAAGCAUUAUUAAAAUAUGACAUUUGGGCAUUUUAUAAAUAUGUGAGAUUAUGUCUCCAUGUUUUGUAUGAAGUAUUGUCAAAUAUGUAUGUGUUCGACCUUUGAUACCUACGUAGCUUGAAACAGAGGGAGGAGAACGGAUGAGGGAUACACUCCAUAAAUAAAUUUGAUACUUUUUG